AUGCCUGCCAUCCUCGAUAUACCGCCGAACCACUUCCUCCCGCACCCAUUCGGGCCCUCCAUACUAUCGUCGGCCUCCAAACAACGCCUGAUAGAUAGAGCUGAGCUCUCCAGGUGGCAGGGGGAAGUAUCGAGUCAACAGUCCUGCUCGAAUAUAGCUCCGGAAAUGGCGAGGAUAGGGGUUGCUGUUGCAUCGUCGCUGCCGCAUCACUAUGGAGGGUACUCGCAUCCAAGACAUGACAUCCAGGCUGGGGUUGAGAGGAAGAACGUCACGACCAACACCAACUCAUGGCGGGAAGACACCACGCAACAGAGACAAGCACAGCGGCAUCCGCUGCCACUGAUAAGCCAGCACUCCAAUAUCAACCAAGAGUCGUCGUCGAACUCUCCUGUCAAAUCUACAGCUUCUAGCGUAUCGAGUCCUCAGCUCACUUCUUCCAUGACUGGAAACGGAGGCAAUUUGGCGGAGUUUGCUGCUCAGGUGGCUUGUUUAUUCUGGUUUGCAAAGGCCUCUAAAUUAAAGCAGAUCGAAGACGGCUCUUCUUAUACACCAACUUCGCUUCUGGAGCUGGAGUUUGCACCAAGCCCGGGAUUUAAGAAAUGGGUUACCACAGUACUAACCACCACUCAAGUGAGCAAGAACGUUAUACUGUUGGCUCUGCUCUUCAUCUACCGCCUCAAGAAGUUCAAUCCUGCCGUGCGAGGGAAACGUGGAAGCGAGUUUAGGCUAAUGACCAUAGCUCUGAUGAUGGGGAACAAGUUUCUUGACGAUAAUACCUACACAAACAAGACAUGGGCAGAGGUGUCGGGCAUAUCAGUUCAAGAAAUCCAUGUGAUGGAAGUCGAAUUCCUUAGCAACGUUCGAUAUAAUCUGUUUGUUACCAAGGAGAGUUCUUCUUCAGCUAUUUCGAAAAGGCAUCGAGACUCAAACUGGACGUUACUCGGCGACGCUCUGCCUUAUGAUGACCCUACAAUACAUUCGGCAAUGUCAGUGGAACCGUUAAGUGCCCAUAGGAAACGAAGUUGGGAUGAGCAGGUGAAUGAGAACCCAGCCAAGAGACCAGCAACCGCAACAACAGGCUGGGUUCGACCAUCAUCAACCCAAGCCUCUGUGCCGCUCUAUCAACCUUCCCAGUUACCAACCACCUCACUGGCCCUCCCGCAGACCCAGCUAUCGACAAAUGUUGUUUCCAUAUCCUCAAAUAUGACAUCACAGCUUCCAAGGCCACACCAAUCGUACGCUAUAGGCUCAGCCAGUACGCCUGCCACUCUAGCCCCGCUUACCACCACCCAGCCUCUCUCCACCGGCCCUCGACCGACAAUCUUUUCAACUAACCACACUUCAGCUCGGUGGAGUCAGCCUCCGGCUUCUCAGCCCUCUCUGGCACCGUUGCCUGUCGCUAAUCUUCAACAGAGUGUGCCAACUGGCUUCUCUGACCCUUCAAGGCGUACUGGCCCGACCACCUUCCCAACAGCUACGUCUGCAACUACCAUCUCACCCGCCGUUCCUACCUACUCAGUCCGUACGCCCACUCACCUUUCUCCAUCUUCUAUUCUCCUGGAUCGAAACUCUCCCUAUCGCCCAGUUCGAUCUGUAAACACUCUUCUUUACCCCCCUCCAGCAGGCUCUCUGCUCCAGCCUAGACAGUUAUCUGUCGAGCUAAUGAGAUACCAACCAUUGGGUAAAAGAAAUUCGGAAGAUCGAGCUGGUGUUUUGCCAUAUUCUCAACCUAAUAUAUGGGGAGAACAGUACUUCUCUCAAGUCCAGCCAACCACUCAGGCUACACCUUAUCAUCAAGGCUGA